AUGAGGGUACACGGUAACCUCGUCAGUAGCAGUUUCGUUGCGCUAGCACUCGCCUCGGGUGUUCAGUGUCUUCGCAAGGUCAUCUACUUCGACCAAUACCAUACAGCGACCUUGCCGCCUCGCAAUGUGACUUCGGGUAUUACACACGUCGUCAUGGCUUUUGCCAACUCCUCACUAUUCAUUGGGGACACGGCCGGCCCGUACACGCCAUUCAUGAAUGUCAGUGACGUCCGCAACCUGUUCGAUCAAGGGACACAGAUCGGUAUUGCUCUUGGUGGAUGGGCCGACACAGCUGGGUUCAGUGCUGGGUCCAAAGAUGAUGCUUCGCGGAAGACGUAUGCCCAGAAUGUCGCCGACAUGGCGGAUAGCCACGGGUUUGACUUUGUUGACAUUGACUGGGAGUACCCGGGCGGUAACGGAGCCGACUAUAAGGAAGUUCCUAACUCCGAGAAGGUAGACGAGAUACCAGCUUACCCGAAGCUGCUCAAGGAGAUCAAGGCCGCCAUCAGCCCGAAGCCCCUGUCCAUCGCCGUGCCGGGACUUCCAAGGGACUUGCUUGCUUACAACGAAGAGCAGUCUCCUGACAUUUGGGCAGCUGUCGACUUCGUCAACGUGAUGUCUUAUGACUUCAUGAACCGCCGCGACAACGAAACUAAGCACCAUACGGACCUCCGCACUUCACUUGAAGCUGUAGAUGCAUACCUGGACCUGGGGUUAUGCCCCAGUAAAAUCAACCUUGGAUUCGCAUUCUACGCAAAGUAUUUCCAGACCGAGCCCGGCGUCGACUGCUCAGCAACACCAAUCGGUUGCCCCAUUGUCAAGGCCGAAAACGACGACGGUAGUGACGCAGGGACUAGUGGAUCGAUGACAUUCGAAACUGCCAAUGUUGCCCCCAGCGUACCGGGAAAUCUGUCGACGAGCACAGACGGGUCUUGUGGUACGGGCACACCAUUCACCUGCCAGGGCGUAGCAGACGGCCAGUGUUGCAGCCAGUACGGCUUCUGCGGCUCGUCAGCCGCACACUGCGGUACUGGGUGCCAGUCCGACUAUGGCACUUGCUCUGGACCUGCUAUUCUUGAUUCCUUUUCCAAGGCUCUAAAGAAUGGUAUCACCGACGACGAGGCUGGAGGUCAGUGGUACUGGGAUGCAGAUGCCGAGCUGUUCUGGACAUACGAUACGGUGGCUCUGAUGCAGCGCAAGUACACUGAAAUUGUCAAGGCCAGGGGUCUAGGUGGUGUGAUGGCCUGGUCGCUGGGAGAGGAUAGUUAUGACUGGAGCCACCUUCUUUCGCUUGUGCACGACACUCGAGGCAUUCGCACCGCCAGAAGGGGCCCUGUCAAGACAUCUGGCUUUCACCAGGGGCGUGCCCUACCGCUGGGAUCUCACAGGUCCCGCCAUGUUUGA